AUGGUGGCCGAGGGCGGCUACGCGGACGUGUCGUCCAUGGACGCCGUGAUCCGGGAUCUGGAGAGCCGCUACGACCGGCUCCAGGGCCUGCGGCAGCACUUGGGGACGGACGUGGCCAAGGAGAAGCUGCUGGCGCAGAUCGGCAUGGUCGACCCCGUCGACGCGUCCGCGAGCCGCGACGAGCGGCGGCGGCUCAAGAAGCGGCUCCUGCGGGAGCUCGACGGCGAGAAGGACCACCUGCGGAAGACGCUCGACGUCGUCGAGGCCGCGCGGCGCGCGGCGCCGCGGCCCGCGGGCGCCGCGGGCCCGCGCGCGUGGCGGCCCGCGUCCGCGUCCGCGAGCCUCGGCCGGUCGGCGCCGCCCGCGGCGACGCCGAAGCCCCGGGGCUCCGCCGUGACCGCCGCCCGGGCGAAGCGCGCGCUGCCCAAGGGGGAGGACGAGGACGCGGCGAUGCUCGCGCUGCACCGCGGCGACGGCUCCGUGGGCAGCGGCGCGCACUUUCUCUCGACGCCCGCGAAGCUGCCGCCGCCCCAGGGCCCGGCGCCGCCGCACCCCCUGGAACUGGGCCGCGCGUCCCUCGAGGGCACGGUCGUCCUCACGCAGGACUCCGUCGGGCCCGGAGCGUUCGCCGCGAACGCGACGAGUUCCCUCGCGACGCCGAACAUGCGACCGGCGACGGCGGAGGCCACGGUGCACACGCGCGAGCCGCGGAGCCCCGAGGCCGUCGACGACCUCCUCGCGCGCGCGCGCGCGGCCGUCGCGGACCGGAACCGGCCGCGGUCCGCCGCGCGGCGGCCGCGGUCGCUGCGGCCGCGCGAGCCGAGCCUCGCGGGCUACGGCAACGGCGGCUACUUUUUGACGGACGUGCUCCGCGAGUGCUACGCUCUACGCGAAAAGAUCCGGUCCGACCCCGUGCUCGUCGCCGCGGGGCGCCGCGACGCCGGCGGCGCGCGGCGCCGGAGCCCCGCGAGGAAGCCGUCGGCGGACGCGGCCGCGCCCGCGGCCGCGCCCGCGGUCGGCGCCACGACGACGCUGCUCCUCGAGGCGGGCGACGACGGCCGGCCGGAGGAACCUCCAUCGCCGCCCAAAUCGCGGGAAAACUCGCCCGUCGGCCGCCUCGACGCGCUCCGGGGCCGGCGCCGCCGCCGCCACCGCCGCCGGCCCAAAUCCGCGCCGAGCUCCGUGAGCGACCACCUGCUGAAGACGACGGCGUCGUCGUCCGUGAAGAACGUGGGCCGCCGCGAGAGCCGCCACCGCCACGCGGUCAACAACUGGUUCUCCGCGUCGCACGCGUACAAGGCCGACGCGCCGAAAUUGGACAAGCGGACGCGGUCCGAGACGAUCCGCGACGGCGACGGCCGGGGCUUCUUACAGACGACGACGGAGUCCGCGGGCCGCGACGUCCACAGUCGCGAGCGCAUGGAGUCGAUGAUCACGCGCGAGAACGCGAACUGGUUCAGCCCGUCGUCGAAGACCAAGGCCGUCGCGGCCCACGGCGACGCGCCGCCGUCGCCGGACCGGUCGCCCGAGAGCCGGUCGCGGCCCCGGUCCGCGCCCGCGGGCGCGCGGUCCCCCGCCGACGACGACCAGGGCUCCGGCGCCUCGCCGGGCCGGCCGCGGUCGCCCGGCCGCCGCGCGUCGUCCGCGGGCGCGGCCCGCGGCGGCCGCCGGCGGUCGAGCGCCGGCCCGCGGCGCCGCUCCGUGUCGCGCCGCGAGAGCCGGCGGCCCCACAGCGCGCCCGCGACGCGGAGCCGGUCGCCGAGCCGCCGCAGCUCCGCCGCGCGGCCGCGGUCCGCGUCGCCGCCGCGGCGGCGCCGCGACGACGACGACGACGCGCCGCGCGCGCGGCCCCAGACCCAGAAGUUCGGCCGGUCGUCGCCCUUCGCGCGCGCGCCGCGGCCGAGCCGCCUCGACCCGAGCUACGACGGCCCCUGGCGCCUCGGGGAGAUCGGCUGGUUCCGCAUCCCGGAGGACAAGAAGGCGCCCAAGGACGCGGAGCCGCGCUUCCUGCGCGUGCGCGUGUCGUCCGUGCACCUCCGGGACCGCGACUCCGGCGGGGGCAUCGGGAGCCUGACGCUGGCGGCGCUGCGGGGCGGCAAGGUCGACAUCCCGCGCGAGUACCUGCGCGAGUACCAGGUGCCCUUCGACGCGUCGCCCGACGCGGUGAGCCGGCGCCCGCCCGGCGCGCCGCCGCCGCUGCAAAAGGCCAGGAGCGCGCCCCACCUCUCGCCGGGAAACGGCGAGGCGGCGGCGCCCCUCGCGAACGUCGGCCAGGGCUACGUGAAGAUCGCGAAGCCGCUCAACGAGGACGCGCGGAAGAGGGGCCGGAAGUCGCGGCGGACGACGAACCCGCAGGCCAUCGCGUCGGAGAUCCUGCGGCGGGGCGGGCGCAUCUCGGAGGUGCUGCGGGUCACGGCGGAGGCCUACGAGCGGCGCGAGCAGCGCGCGAACGCCGCGAAGACGAUGCAGCGGAAUCUGCGGAUCCUGUGCGGCGUGCCGAAGAAGGGCGACCGCAUGACCUUGGGCGACGCCAUCCUGCGCUACCGCCUCCACGUGCGCCACGACGUGAGCCACACCAUCGAGGAGGAGGACGAGGAGGAGGAGGCGUCCGCGGCGACGCGCAUGCAGGCGAUCAUGCGCGCGCGGCGCGACCGCGAGGCCGUCAAGGGCCGCCACGCGGCGGCGGCGAAGCUCCAGCGGCUCCAGCGCAAGCGGAGCUUUCGGCGGAAGCGCCGCGGCAGCGAGUUCCGGCGCGACGCCGAGCUCCGCGGGCGCGGCGCGGACUUCGUGAGCCACGACCGCGACGACGCGCUCUACCUCGACAGCCCCUUCCCGAACCAGGAGACGGCGGCGCGCGCGCUCCAGGCGCGGCUCCGCGGCGACCGCGCGCGCAAAGACCGCCGGCGGGAGCACGCGGGCGCGUCGCGGCUCCAGGCGCGCGUCCGGGGCCGCCGGUCGCGCGCGGCGGCGUCGCGGACGCGGAUCCUCCGCGACUUCGCGCCGGGCCCGGCGAGCCGCUUCGCCGACGCCGACGCGGCGGCGCGCGUGCUCCAGCGGUCCGCGUCGGCGGGCCGCCUCCGCGCGUCGCCGCCGCCGAGCCCGCCGCCGCCGCGGCCGCGGGCCGUCGACGUCGACGAGCACCGGCGCGAGCUCGCGGCCCUCGACGCCGCGGACGAGGACGCGCGCGCGCGCGGCGCGGAGCGCGAGCGCGAGUUCCAGGACGCGCGCGUGCGGUCGCUGCAGGCGCGCGUCCGCGGCGGCUGCGCGCGGCGGCGCGCGCACAAGCACGCGCGGCGCUCCGUCGUCGAGCAGCGCCAGGCGCUCGCCGAGGCGCUCAUGGACGUCGAGGGGUCGCGGCGCCAGGCCGAGGAGGCCCUCGCGGCGGAGCGCGCGGCGGCCGCGGCCGCGCGCGACGAGCAGAACCGCGACCACGCGGCCAAGGUCCUCUUCUACGAGGAGGAGCUCAAGGCCGCGGCCUGGCGCGCCGCGCAGCAGCGCGAGCUCGAGGCGACGGUGCGCGACCGCGACGCGGCGCUCCAGGCGACGCGCGGCGAGCUCGCGGCGACGGUCCGAGGCGCCCAAACCGAGGCCGCGCGGCUCGCGGCGUCGCUCCAGUCCGCCGAGGUCGACCGGCUGCGGAGCCGCGAGGCGCUCGAGGCGGCGGCCGAGGCCGCGGAGGCGAGCGACCUCAUGGCCAGGAGCUUACGGGCGAAGCUCGCGGACGCGGACGCGGCCGCGCGGGCGCGCGACGCCGAGGCCGCGGCCGCGGCCAAGGACCUCGAGCUCGAGAAGGCCCACCGGUCCAACGCGGUCAAGGACCUGCAGCUCCUCGAGCACGACGCGGCGCGGCGGCUCCGCGAGCGCGACGCGGCCGUCGCCGAGCUCGAGGCGGCGGCCGCGGCGGCGGCGCGGGACCACGCGGACCGCGCGGAGCUCGCGCGCCAGACCGUGGAGCACCUGCGCCGGACGGCCGCGGACCGCGAGGACGACGCGCGCGCGGCGUCCGCGGCGCUCGCGGAGGCCGCGGUGGCGCGCGCGGACGCCGAGGCCCGCGCGGCGGCGCUCGAGGAGGCCCGCGAGGCCGCGGUCGCGCGCGAGCGCGGCGCGGCCGCGGCGCUCGAGGCCGCGCGCGCGCGCUUCGCGGCGGAGGCCGACGAGGCCCGCGCCGAGGCCGGCGCGGAGCGCGCGAAGCGCGAGGCCCUCGAGGCGGAGAAGGACGCCCUCGAGGCCGCGCGGCGCGACGCCGUCGCGGCCGCGGCGCGCGCCGGGGCCGAGAAGGACGCGCUCGCGGCCGAGGCCGCGGCCGCGCGCGAGGCGCUCGAGGCCCGGCGCGAGGCGCCGGCGCCCCUCAAGGCCGCCGCCGCGUCGCCGGACCCGCGGCGCGAGCGGCCGCCCGCCGAGGCGCCCGUGCCCGCCGUCGCCGCGGCGACGCCGCUCCCGCGGGACCGCGGUGCGUUCGAGACGCCCUACGCCGAGCCGCCGUCGGCAAAUUCGGCCGCCUACACGCCGGCCUUCGAGCCCGAGGGCACGCCCGCCGCGGGGCCCGCGCCCGCACCCGACGACUGGGAGGAGCUCUUCGACGACGCCGAGGGCCGCGCGUACUACUGGUCCAAGGCCCGCGACGAGUCGCGCUGGGACAAGCCCGCCUGCCUCGUGACGCUCUACUCGGACUGGGAGAAGCACUUCGACGCGGCGUCGCAGCACUACUACUACUACUCCGAGAGCCGCGGCGAGUCGACGUGGGACGCGCCCGAGCCCACGCGGCGGCCCGGCGGCGCGACGCCGACGCCGCGCAAGGUCCCCAUGGCCGCCGGCGAGGGCGCCGACGUGGAGGGCCUCUGGGCGAAGGCGCUGCAGCUCUCGGAGGGCGGCGAGGUCCACGAGGCGAUCCUGCACUUCGAGUGCGCCUCCGCGGAGCUCGAGCGCCAGCUCGCGGCCGCGGCGUCCGUGCCGAACGCGGACCGCGUGCGGUCCCUGCUCGGAGAGCUGCUCGCGAAGCUCGGGUCCGAGGUCGAGCUCCACCUCAACUACCUCCGGGGCAACCACUGGGUGGCCCUCGCCCUCGAGCCGCCGGCGGGCGACGACGCCGUGAAGAAGGCGUACCGGCGGCUCGCGCUGCGCUACCACCCGGACAAGAGCCGCGUGUCGCCGAAGAUCUUCACCAUCGUCGGCAAGGCCCACGAGGUCCUGCGGCACCCGGAGCGGCGGAAGCGCUACAAGCCGGACAAGUCCGCGACGGCCUGGAAGGUCUACCGGCGGGAGCACGCGGCCGAGUUCCGCGCGCCGACGCGGACGAAGCAGCCCUGGAAGCCGACGCCCGACGGCGCCGCCCGGGAGUACCGCGCGAGCCGCGGCUCCGCGAGCUCGCCGCAGAAGAAGCCCAAGGCGCCCGCCGCGCCCGCGCCGCCGCUGAGCGUCGACCGCGUCCGGGCCAUGAAGGUCGGCGAGCUCAAGGAGCGGCUCAAGUUCUUCGGCGUCCCCGCGACGGGCGAGCGGCGCGACCUCGAGGCGGACCUCAUCCGCGCGGCGGCGCUCAAGCCGCGGACGCCGCCGUCGGCCGCGGCCGUCGGCGCGGAACUCCGCGCGUCGUCGCCCGCGACGUGCGCGCGGCGCGUCGCGGGCCUCAACGCGGCGACGCUGCGGGAGCUCCUCGAGCGCGCGGGCCGCGCCGAGCCGCCCCGGGCCCGCGGCGCGCUCGAGACGGCCGUCGUCGCCGCGUACGCGGUGUCGCGCGCGCGCGGCGAGCCCGUCUUCCCCCGGUCGCCGGACGCCAAGCGGGCGCCGGACUUUGCCGCGCCCGCCAAGGCCGACCGGCCGUCCUUCGACGAGCGGCCCGCGGCGUCGCCGGAGCCGGCCGCGCCCGCGCCCGCGGAGCCCAAGGCCGACGCGCGCGCGCCCGAGCCGGCCGCGGCGUCCGAGCCCGAGCCCGAGCCCGCGGCGCCACCGCGCGAGCCCCCCUGGGCCGCGGCGCCCGCGGCGCCCUACGACGACGGCGACGCGUCCGACGACUCGGGCCUGCUGCCGGCGGCCGGCGGCUUCGUCGGCAGCCUCCGCGCGCGCGCGCGGAGCGCGUCGUCGGGCCGCCGCGAGCCCGCCGUCGGGCCCGUCCACGUCGCCGCGGCGCGCGAGGGGGGCGGCGACGUCCAGUCCGAGGUCGACUUCUGGGUCCAGGGCGCGCGGACCCACGCGACGCCCCGCCUCGGCGCGCCGUCGCCGCGGCGGACGCCGCGCGAGGCGCCGCCGCCCGAGGCGCCGGACCCGGGCCUCGUGGACCCGGGCGGCGGCUGGUGCGAUGCUUUCACGCCCGUCGCGGCCCGCGCCGAGGAGUCGGCGCAGCAGCGGCGCGGGGUGCGCUUCGAGGGCGAGGGGAGCGAGCGGAGCCUGCGGUCGGGGAGCCCGGGCCGGCCGACGUUCAGCCCGGGCCGGCUGUCGAUGCUGAGCCCGGGCAGCGCGCGGCGUUUGAGCCUCGCGCGGCAGUUCACGCGGACGACGUUGGUCAUGCCGAGCCCGUUCCAGAUCGCCGCGGCGACGAUGCUCACGCGCGUGCGGCGCACGCGGAGCGCGGGCGGGAGCUCCUUCGCCAUCAUCGACCCCAUGUCGCCGCGGCUCCAGGCGUUCGAGGCCUUCUGCCUCGUCAUGACGAUGAUCACGGCGUUCACGACGCCGUUCGAGAUGGCCUUCGUGCCCGCGCUGCGGCCGCCCCUCAAGUCCAACGGCUUCUUCCUCACGAACCGGUGCCUCGACGCCGUCUUCUUCGUCGACUUCUGGCUCCGCUUCCUCUGCGUGCCCUACCGGAGCGGGACGCGCGCGAACCACUUCGUCAAGGAGCGGCGGCUCAUCGCGCGGCACUACGCGCGGACCUGGAUGCUGCCGGACCUGAUCGCCCUCGUGCCCUUCGACCUGCUGACCUACGAGCCCUUCAACAUCCACCUGUCGUCCGUCGUCGUGACCGCGCUGCGGCUGCUGCGGCUCGUGCGCAUGCUUAAAUUGGGCCGCGUCGUCACGCUCGUGGAGCGCUGGUCCGAGGCGUCGAGCGUGCCCUACGCCUACAUCGAGAUCUGCAAGCUCAUGAGCUUCAUCUUCAUGACCGUGCACUGGGUCGCGUGCGCGUGGGGCCUGCUGGGCGAGCUCGAGGCGGGCGACCACUUCUCGUGGGUCGACGCGCUCCGGAGCGGCAUGGCGUCGACCUGCGAGUCGCAGGACGCCCACGACGCCAUCCUCGUCUAUCUGCAGAGCCACCAGGGCACGCCCCAGGCCACCUACCUCGCGGACAAGAUCAGCGUCACGAAGGAGAGCUACAGGGACUCCUUCCACCGGCCGUCGUGCGAGAAAUUCGACACGCGGCGGUCCAAGUACGUCGUCUCGCUCUACUUCGCCGUCUACACGCUCACGGGCAUCGGCUACGGCGACGUCAACGCCGUGACGCGCGCGGAGUACUGCCUCGCGACGGCGUGCGUCAUGUCGACGGCGAUCCUGUGGGCGUUCCUCAUCGGCAACUUCUGCGCCAUCGUCGCGUCCAUGGACAAGCACCCGGCGCGCUUCCGGGGCGCCAUGGACGACCUCAACUCCAUGCUCAGCGAGAGCGAUUUGGACCCGGAGCUCUGCGUCCGCGUCCGCGACUACUUCUCGCACUCGCGGAAUCUGAUGCGGACGCGCGACUACCACGAGCUCGACGCGCUCAUGAGCGCGGGGUUGCGGGGCGAGGUCGCCGGCGUCGUGUCGGAGACGUGGCUCGAGAAGGUCUGGUACUUCCGGAACUCGUCGAAGGCGUUCAUGCGCGAGCUGUCCAUGCUCAUGGGCCCGCUCAUGUUCGCGCCCUUCGAGACCGUGGACGCGGGCGCGUCGCUCCUCAUCAUCCAGCGGGGUUUGGUCAUGCUCGGCGGCCGCAUGCUCACGCGGGGCGACCACGUGGGCCACGAGUUCAUCGUCGUCCGCGACGAGGAGCGCGUCGCGUUAGACGCGGAGCGCGGCGUCGUCGACAGCCGCGUGUCGCCGAGCGCGUUCACCUACGUCGAGGUGCUCGAGCUGCGCCAGGAGGACCUGCUCGCGCUCUUCCCGCUCUUCCCGGAGGAGGCCGCGCGCGUCACGACCGCGUCCCGCUGGCUCGUGAUGAAGAUCGCGCUCCUGAAGUGGGCCAAGGCGAAGCUCGCGCGCGAGCGCGCCGACGCGCAGCGCGCGCCCGGGACCGCGCCCGCCGGCGGCGCCGCGGCGCCCGCGGCGGUCGCGGCGGUCGCGCGCGAGGGGCGGUCGCCGGGCCGGCCGCGGCCGGCGGGGGGCGGCGACGCGCCACCGAACGCCUUCGUGGACCAGCACCUCCAGAACCGGUCCAAGGUCGGCCGGGCCCUCGUCGCGUCCAACUCCAUGUCGCGGGGCACGCUCCUCAACGGCCUCGUCGUCUCGCCGACGAACCGCCUCACGUUCCGCCAGACGGCGGUGCUCUCCGACGGCGUCUUCGGCGGCUCCCGGCCCUCGCCGGGCGCGUCGACCGCGGCGUCGUCCGCGGGGCGCGGACCGCGGGCCGGCGACGGCGGCGCCGCGCGGCUCCGGUCCCGCGUCGCGCGGCUCCGCGAGGCCGCGCUCGACGCGAACCGCGAGAUCGAGCAGCUCGCGCGGCUCCUCGCCGACGACGACGAGCCCCGGCCCCGGGGCGACUCCGACCCCGUCGAGACGGUGCACACUGGCAUGCGACCGCUCCUGCGGCUCGCGCUCUGGUCGCGCGUCGCGCGCGGCAUCUGGCCGACGCCGCGGGCCUGGAGCACGCCGGCGGACGCGGGCGUCCGGCGGCUCCCGGAGGCCGGCCUGCCGGCGCUGACGAUCGACGGCUGCGAGGAACCGUGGUGCGGCCGCAUCGCCGCCGCCUACGACCGCCUCGCGCCGCCGCGGCUCGCGCCAGGCACGCCGCCGCACGCGCGGCCGCCCGCGGCGGUCGCCGCCGAGGCCGCCGCGUUCGGCGCGCCGCGCGAGCGCGCGGCCGCGGCGCUCGGCGUCGGGCCGUCGUGGUACGAGGACGACGUCGCGCUCGCCGGCCGCCGGGACGCGGGCGCGAUCGCGCGCGUCGUGGUCUCCGUCGGCGGCGGCGCCGGCGACGAGUCCUACGCGCUGCGGCUCGCCGAGGGCGACGACGUCGUGCGCGCGUCCGCGGCCGUGUCCGCGGCGGCGCCCGAGGGCGCGCUCCGCGCGCUCGCGUCCCUGGGCCAGCUCUGGCGCUGGGACGGCGCGCGCCACGCGCUCCCGUCGGCGUUCGACGUCGAGGACGCGCCGCGCCACGCGUGGCGGGGCCUGCUCCUCGACACGUCGCGCCACUUCUGGCCCCUCGCGCGCGUCCACCGCGCGCUCGACGCCAUGGAGGCGCUGAAGCUCAACGUGCUCCACUGGCACGUCGUCGACUCGCAGUCGUGGCCCUGGGCGGCGAACGCGACGGCGCCGCGCCCCUACUGCGGCGCCUGCGUCUACACGAGCGCCGACGUCGCGGCCGUCGCCGCGGCCGCGCGGGACCGGGGCAUCGCGGUCGUGCCGGAGCUCGACGCGCCGGGCCACGGCGGCGCGGCGCCGGCCGCGGCGACCUGCCCGGAGCUCGCGGCGACGGACCGCGGCGCGGUCGCGCGCGGCCGGGGCCCGGGCGGCCGCGACGGCGGCGCCGGGAGCACGGAGCACGGCCUCGACGCCGUCGCCUGGGGCGCCGCCGGCGCCGCCGGGGUGGACGACGCCGCGCGCGCGCUCUCCGCGCUCGUCGGGGAGCUCGCGGCCGCGGCGGGCGCGGCGCACGUCCACGUCGGCGGCGACGAGGUCGACGCCGGCUGCUGGGCCGAGGACGCGGCGCGCCGCGGCGCGGCGCCGGACGCGGGCUUCGAGGCGGCGGCGGACUGGGCCCGCGCGCGCGAGGCCGCGCUGCUCCGCGCGUCCGCGGACGCCGCGCGCGCCGCGGGCGCGACGCCCGUGUUCUGGGACGACGCGCUCGACGCCGGCGACCCCGCGACGCUCGCGGGCGGCCUCGUGCAGAUCUGGCGCGGCUGGCUCGGCGUGCCCGGCCUCCUCGCCUACGCGAGCACCCUCGGGCUCGCGGGCGCCAUCGUCUCCGACGGCAUGUACCUCGACUACGACCACGAGGGCUGGGACCAGGUCCUGCGGCGCGGCCGGCUCCCGGACCACGCGCUCGUCGUCGGCGGCGAGGCGUGCUCCUGGGGCGAGCACAACGAGCGCCUCGACGCGCGGCUCGUGAAGCUCGCCGCGGCGGCCGAGCGGCUCUGGGGCGGCGCCGCGGCGGACGCGGCCCGCGCGGGCGACCUCGUCGGCCCGCGGCUCCGCCUCUCGGCGCUGCGCUGCCACCUCCUGCGGCGCGGCCACGACGCUACGCCGCCCGUGCUCCCGGACCUCUGCCUCGCGGGGCCGCCGCGCGGGCCCGCCGACGCCCCGCCGCCGGCGUCGAGGGCGCCCGCGGUCGUCACGAUCGCCGCGCCCUGGUACCGCUCCCGCGCCGCCGCGAGACUCGAGGACGCGGCGCUGGCCGCCGCCGUCGCCUUCAUCGUCGCGUCCCGCGUGCGGAGGCGGAGGCCGAAUAAGGAGGAUUGA